AUGUCCUUUCUCACCAUUCUCGGCACCGCUGCCGUCGUUUCGGCCGCGAUCUUCAUGGAGCUCAUCGCGUGCCUCGCCUUCCCAGUCGAGUCGGGAACCGAGUGGCUGCUCCUCCUGCUCCUCGUCCCGCUUGUCCUUGCGGCCAUUCCCCUGCUGCUGCUGCGCGCGUGUGCCGGCGACAGCCUGUUCUCAGACACGCCAAAGGGCCGUCACUGGGCGGAGUUUGGCUUCGCCUUUUUUGCGACCGGCAUCAUCGGGGUGCCAUCGCUGCUGCUACUUCGAGGACUGAUUCGGUGGGAGGCCUUCGCCCUCGCCCUCGGCGGCCUCGCCCUGCCCGCCAUCACUGCCGCCCUUUCCAGGGUGUGCCAGCGCGCCGACUCCGACCCCUUCAGCUAUCGGUAG